AUGACGGUUAGAGAGAGAAGAAAGGGGAGUCUGGAUAAGGAGGGAUUGUUUGGGAGCGGGAAGAGGGGACGGAGGAGGAAUGGCGGUUGGUAUAAUUGUUGUGUUUUUGGGGGGGUUAGUGGAUUGUGUAUUUUAGCCCUCCUCCUAACCUUCAACCUCCUCCUCGUCCUCGCAACCUUCAUCUGGUCCUCCGACAUCGACAGCUACCUUCAGAACUGGGGACGUCCAGGCAGUGGUACCGAAGGGUUGGCCUGGUACCCCACAGACUUCACGCGCGACGUGCUCCCCAUACCCUGCCACUCGCAUAACGACUACUGGCGCCGCGUUCCUCUGUUCUCCGCCCUCCGAGCAGGCUGUAUAUCCGUCGAAAGCGACGUCUGGCUUUUCGACAACGAGUUAUACGUGGGGCAUAAUACUGCGAGUUUGCAGAGGAAUCGGACAUUCCAAUCUUUAUACGUCAACCCAUUGGUUCAGAUCCUCGAGCAGCAGAACCCGAGGACAGAUUUCUACAAUGGCACCGAUCAUGGGGUAUUUGAUGUUGAUUCUGGACAGACCGUGACGCUGCUCAUAGAUGUCAAGACGGGUGGUGCAGAGACAUGGCCUUGGGUAUUGAAGCAGCUUGAGCCACUCCGAGAACGGGGCUGGCUUUCCUUCAUGCAGGAUGGGGAAGUUCACAUAAGGCCAGUAACGGUGGUAGGCACAGGGAACACGCCAUUCGAUAUCCUGACCGCAAAUUCUACAUACCGAGAUGCGUUCUUCGACGCUCCAUUAGAAACAAUGUGGGAACCUCGCCGCGGUGCACCUGGAACGACGGACUGGCCUUCCGGCUCUUCCUCUGACCCUCUUGAUUCAUCAUCAGACUCUGAUUCCGAGGAAAACCCCACCUCCCCCUCCGACACCCAAGACCUCGGCCAAGGCCUCAGCGGCACAACACCCGACUCCCAAUUCACGCCCCUCAACUCCUACUACGCAUCUGUCUCCUUCGGACAAUCAGUCGGGCGAAUCUGGCGUGGCAGACUGAAUCCGAAACAAAUCAGGAUUAUUCGCGGACAGAUUAGGGGCGCGCAUCGAAGGGGGUUGAAGGUUAGGUAUUGGGAUUUACCGGCUUGGCCUUUGGGGAUGAGGAAUCACGUUUGGGAUGUGCUGAUUAGGGAGGGUGUUGAUAUACUCAAUGUGGAUGAUUUGAGGGGGGUGAGUAAGAUUGCUUGGUAG